AUGCGCCUGUACAUCCCCAAAGCUACCUUCGCCUUCUGCCACGGCCUCCUCGCCUCCGGCCUCCUCCCCUCCGCCGCGUCCCCAGCCGCACCGCUCCUCUCCGUCCAGGCCCUCCUCGUCACCGCCGGCCUGCUCCCGCGCCACCCGGACCUCGCCCUGCUGGCGCUCAACUCGCUCCUCCACGCGCUCUCCCGCCGCGCCGCGUGCCCCGCCCACCCGCGCCUCGCGCUCCGCCUCCUCCGCCACAUGCUCUCCCCCGCCACGCCCCCGGCGCUCCCCGCCCCGGACCACCUCUCCUUCCCCUUCGCGCUCUCCGCCGCCGCCGCGCUCGACGCCGCCCCGGACCCGUCCUCCUCCGCCGGGACCGGACCGGGACCGCAGCUCCACGCGGUGCUCGUCAGGAACGCGCUGUUCCCGGCCGACCACUACGUCACGACCGCGCUGCUGCAGCUCUACUCACCCCACCCGGACCUCGCGCGGAGGGUGUUCGACGAGCUGCCACGUCGUGAGGCGAUCCACUACGACCUGCUCAUCGGCUCGUACGCGCGCGCGCGGGGGCGCCCGCCGAGGGGCUGGCGGUGUUCCGAGCCAUGCGGGGCGCUGGACCACGGCGCGUGGGUGCACCGCUACGUGGAGCGGACCUCGCCGGGGCUCCUCGCCGACGCCUUCCUCGGGUCCGCGCUCGUCGGCAUGUACGCCAAGUGCGGGUGCCUGGACGACGCCGUGCGGGUGUUCGACGGCAUGCCCGAGCGGAACGCCUACGUGUGGGGCACCAUGGUGGGCGCGCUGGCGGUGCACGGGAUGGCGGCGGAGGCCGUCGCGUGCCUGGAGAGGAUGGCGCGGGAGGACGGGGUGCGGCCCGACGGCGUCGCCGUGCUCGGUGCGCUGUCCGCGUGCGCGCACGCCGGGAACGUCGAGGAAGGGCUGCGCCUGCUCAGGGAGAUGCGGCCCCGCUACGGCGUCGUGCCCGGGCACGAGCACUACAGCUGCGCGGUCGACAUGCUCUGCCGGGUCGGGCGGCUCGAGGACGCGGUGGGGCUCGUCGAGACCAUGCCGAUGGCCCCGCUCGCGUCCGUGUGGGGCUCCGUGCUCGCUGGCUGCCGGAGCUACGGCAACGUUGAGCUGGCGGAGGUCGCGGUGCGCGAGCUCGAGAAGCUUGGUGGCACUGCCGACGAGGGCGUGUACGUGCAGCUGUCCAACAUCUACCUCGAUGCCAACCGGAAGGAUGACGCUCGUAGGGUGCGGAAGCUGAUCGGCAGCCGGGGGAUCAAGAAGGUCCCCGCGUAUAGCGCCGUGGAGGUGGACGGCGAGGUGAGCUCGUUCGUUGCCGAUGACCAAGCGCACCCCCGGCGUUUCGAGAUUUGGGAGGUGCUCCGGCUGCUAGCUGACCAGAUGGCGCAGAAACCAAAGGAAGAAGAAUUUAUUCAAUUUGUUUGCAUGCUCACAAGACUGUAA